AUGCUGCGUGGCAAUCAUGAAACACGUGCUGUAAACAGAAUAUACGGUUUUUUUGAGGAAUGCAUUCAACGAUUCCCAAACAAGAAUGCCGGAACUCAACUAUGGACAUUAUACCAACAUACUUUCAACUGUAUGCCAUUCGCAGCCCUGAUUGGCGAACGCAUAUUCGCAGCACAUGGGGGAAUUUCUGAAGAUCUUCUUAACUGGAACCAAUUCGAACGAAUUUGCAGACCAACAGAUAUUACUGACAUUGGAUUCAUCAACGAUCUCAUAUGGGCCGACCCUGGUAAUUUCCCAGGAAAAUAUAUUCAAAGCCCCCGCGGAGUCUCACAGCUUUUCGAAAAGCAAGCAACCGAAGAAUUUCAACAAAACAUUAAUCUUACUAUCAGAGGUCAAUAA